AAAUACCAAACAUUUUGUACAAUCGGAUUUCGUAAAACCCUAAUCCAGCGAAAGUGAGAUCGUCAACUAACCGGGGAAUAUGAAGGGAAAUUGGUCAAUCGUCCGUCAGGUUCUUCACCGCCGGUUGUCCACUCUCCGGUCCUCGACACCAUCGUCGCGAUUAUCCAUUUCCGUCCGACCGCUUGUUCUGGCCUCAAACUCGACGUCAUCGCUGAUCGCUAGAAACUCGUUGUUUACGGCCUCCACCAUUGGUCCAUCCAUCGAUUUUAACUUCACCAACACUUCUCUUCUUCACCGGAGAAGCUUCGGUUCGGAAGCUGGAGGUGAAAACGGUGUUGUUAUAGUGAAAUCAGAGGAAGAGUUCAUCAAUGCAAUGAGCAAAGCUCAAGAUGAAUCUUUACCGUCGAUCUUCUAUUUCACUGCCGUCUGGUGUGGACCAUGCAGGUUUAUCUCUCCUGUAAUCGUGGAGCUUAGUAAACAAUAUCCCGAUGUAACUACGUAUAAAGUCGACAUUGAUGAGGGUGGGAUUUCGAACACUAUCAGCAAGUUGAAUAUCACGGCUGUGCCAACACUGCAUUUCUUCAAAGGAGGCUCGAAGAAAGGCGAGGUUGUGGGUGCAGAUGUCACGAAACUGAAGAAUCUCAUGGAACAGCUCUACAAGUGAAGACCCAAUCUUUUCUAGUAAAGAACGUGUGGAAUA